CGGGUUACACAAAAGGUUGCCGCGGUCGCCAUGUUGCUGAAUGAAAUUAGCUCCAAAACAUUGAAUAGCCGCUAGCAUUAUCGGUAUUUUCUUUUUACGACUUACAACGUUUGUUAGAGUGUCUGGUUUAAUGUAAAGAUGACUUAAGAUUUAUGAAAUGACUACAGAAUCUUCCAUUUCCCACUUUUGUGUUUAGACAUAGUAAAAGUGUCACGCAAUGCACCAUGGAAGUGGAUCGCAGAACAUGCAACGACAGCUUCAGAGAUCCAAGUCUGUUACUGGCUCUGAAGCAGAGGAGCAACAGCUGCCUGCUAUGGCAGCUACACAGCCGCAAGCUACAGUUAAUCACCCGCAAUCUCCUGUGACAACAUUUUCCUCUGCUGCAAGCCCAUCAGCCCCCCAGUCACCAAAUUUACAGAUUAUCAUGAGUCGUAGCCCAGUCACUGGCCAGAACAUGAACAUCACAUUACAAAAUGUAGGGCAGAUGGUGACUGGUAACCAGCAAAUUACUCUUACCCAACUCCCCAUGCCAAACCCAGCAUCCCCUGGUUUCCAGCAUACUGCAUCACAGUGGAGAUUGGAACAUGCUCCAUCCUCCUACAUCCAGGUUACUUCUUCUGUUCCUCAGGCCAUGCAGCCCCAAAGUCCAACACAGCACAGCCCAGUUCCCAUGCAAGGUGUUACAAGGCCAGGAGCACCUGCAACAACUCUGGGUGUGUGUGGACAGAGUCCAUCGCGAUUUGUUGAAGCCGGAGUGUUAAUGCGACAAAUCAGUUUGGGCAGUUCAUCAGGAAGUGGGCAUUUUGUUUACCAGGAUGGUACUGGACUGGCCCAGAUUGCUCCAGCCACACCUGGCCAAGUACAGCUGACCUCCCCAGGAGCACCAGGCUCUGUUAGGGAACGACGGCUAUCUCAACCACAUUCACAGACUGGGGGCACCAUCCACCACCUUGGACCGCAAAGCCCUGUGGGGACUGGCGCUACCCUUCCUACCUUGGGCAGUCCUGGUCACAUCACCACCUCCAAGCUACCUCCACAAAUUAGUAGUAUCAUUCAAGAGUUGGCACGUCCUAUGAUUUUUGAAAAAACAGCACAGGGUGUGGUUGCUGCAGUAGGGACCACUGCCACGGCAUCAUUUAGUAUACCCUCCUCUGUUCCACCCUCUAGUCCAUCUCUCACUAGUCCACCUCAAGGGAUCCCCAACAAUCCUCUUGCAGCCAACAACAUGACUGUGGGCAGCAUUAAAAAGCAAGCACCCAAGAAGUUGGAUGAAAUUGCUCCUUCUACUCCAGAGAUUGCUCAGCUGAGAAAACAGUGCUUGGAGCAUCACACUAAGAAGAUGGAAAACCUAAAGGAAGUAUUCAAAGAAUACCUAAUUGAGCUAUUCUUUCUGCAGCAUCUUCAAGGUAAUAUGAUGGACUACCUAGCUUUUAAGAAGAAGCCAUGUGUUCCUCUCUAUACUUACUUGAGACAAAAUGAUCUGGACCUGGAAGAGGAAGAGGAAGAAGAAGAACAAUCUGAGGUCAUUAAUGAUGAGGUAAAAGUUGUUACUGGAAAGGAUGGUCAGGCAGUGACACCAGUUGCUAUAGCAACGCAACUUCCUCCCAAUGUUUCUGCAGCUUUUUCUGCCCAGCAGCAGUUUACGGGACAUCAAGGGGCUUCUGCUGGCUCUAUGGCCAACCCUGGAGACAUGGAUGCCUUCAAAAGGCAACAGGCUAUGGUGCAAGCAGAUAAGGCUAAGAGGUCCCGGAUUGACGUUGGUCGCCAUGGGUUGAUUUUCCAGCAUCCUGGUGUAGCUCCUUUAGGAUCACCUGGCGUUCCACUCCAGCAGCUUAUGCCAACUGCGCAAGGCGGGAUGCCGCCUACCCCUCAAGCGGUCCAGAUUGCAGGACAGAAGCAAAACCAGCAGCAGUACGACCCAUCUAAGGGGCCACCAGUGCAGAAUGCAGCCAGCCUGCAUACCCCUCCUCCCCAACUACCCAGCAGGUUGCCCCAGGGUGUAGUCUCUAUGGCAAGCCUGCCUAUAACAAUCUCUCAACAACCUCAGCUAGUGGAGAAUACAGCUCAGCCUGUUGGUCAGCUUCAAGCAUCAGUGAAGGUACAGGCAGGUGGACCAGUUCUGACUACAGUUAACCCACAUGCCCAGCUCCAAGCCCAACUGCAACACCAAGGUCUUCAUCUACAGCUCCAGCCCCAGCAACAAGCACCCCAGGCCAUACUUCAGCCUGGACAAGCGACGGUGGCCCUUGCUCGACCAGGGACAGAAUCAACCCAGCCAAUUCAGAGGAUUAUGACAAACUCAAUAUCUAUGACCCCCAUGCCUCCUGCUCCAAGUUCUGUUACAGCCCCCAAUACUGCAAGUCCUCUUCAUUCUCUUUCCUCUAAUAUCAACCCAAGUACCCAGUCAAAACUAACUGGAACCAAUGGCAUGUCAGCAGUCAAAAUUACUGGUUUUAAUCAAACCACAACCAUGCAGUCUUCACAAGAGGGUCCUCAAGACAAGCUAGUUGAGCAGGCCAAACUGGAAAGUCAAGUUCAUCAACGAAUUUCAGAGUUGAGAAAGGAUGGUCAGUGGUCAGCCAGCAGGCUCCCCAAGCUUGUGGAAGCUUCACGUCCAAAGUCCCAUUGGGACUACCUCCUGGAGGAAAUGCAGUGGAUGGCAGCUGACUUUGCUCAGGAGAGGAGAUGGAAAGAAGCUGCUGCUAAAAAGCUUGUCCGCACAUGUGCUCGUUACCAUCAAGAGCAGAAGAAGAGUGAAGAGAGAUCACAGAAAGAAAGGGAAAUUCAUCUUCGUCACAUUGCCAGCACCAUUGCCCGAGAGGUGGAAUUUUUCUGGUCCAACAUUGAGCAGGUUGUGGAAAUUAAACUUCAAUUUGAUAUUUAUGAGAAGAGACUCAAAGCACUUAACCUGCAAAAAGCCUCGAUAAAAGUACCUGCUCAGUCAACAGGGGAGAAAGCGGAUAAGGAGGAUUUAACCACUUCAAGUAGAAAAAGAAAAUCCGCUUCCCCAUUAGUUGAAGAUGUUCAAGAUGAAGAGAGCACCAUAGAGGAGCAGGAAGCUAUAGAGGGGGAAGCAGACCACAGUGCUGAGUUGGUUGAGCUUGCCAAAGAUGCUGAGAUGCCUCUGGAUGCUUUGAUGAAGCAAUACUCUGGUGCCUAUGCUGACAGCUUUCAGUGGCCUCAACCUACUACACAUAGUGAUGAGGAUGAUAUGGAAGAAUCUGAAGUGGAGUGUCCUACCAGUAGUCCACCUGAAGCAGUGUUGAUAGACUCUCUGCUUAGUGUAGACCAGUACCAUGGUGCUGAAAAAGCUACUUCCUCUGACUCAAAUUCAAAGCCUGCCAGAGACGUAGCUGAAGUGGCUGCUGCCACAGAGCUCCUCCUGCCUAAAGGCAGCUUUAAGACCACAUCCUCAACUCGUAGCGCACCUCCUUUCCUUUUGCAUGGGUCACUGCGAGAGUAUCAACAAAUUGGUGUGGACUGGUUGGUGAAUCUUUAUAAGAAGCGGCUUAAUGGGAUCUUAGCUGAUGAGACAGGCCUUGGGAAGACGAUACAGACUGUGGCCUACAUGGCUCACUUAGCUGGCCAAGACGGCAUCUGGGGACCACACCUUAUUGUAGUUAGAACAUGCAAAUUGCUGAGUUGGGAGAUGGAGUUCAAGCGGUGGUGUCCUGGCCUUAAGAUCCUCCUUUACCUUGGUGACAGAAGGGAGCGAAGAUCUAAAAGAAUGCUGUGGGGGGAAGUGAACAGCUUUCAUAUCUGUGUGACAUCCUACAAACUUCUGAUGAAGGACCAGAGCCAUUUCAUGAAGAGAAAAUGGAGCCACCUUGUCUUGGAUGAGGUGCAGCUUAUCAAAAACAUGACUGAAAAACACUGGGAAAUAGUCUUUGCUAUUAAAAGUGAGCAGAGGAUUCUCCUCAUCAACACUCCUCUACAGAAUACAUUAAAGGAGCUGUGGACCAUGAUCCACUUCCUUUUGCCCGGAAUCACCAGGCCGUACCCCGACUUCCCUGUUAAGGCAGGCACAGACCAAAACCAGGACUACUGCCACAAGCUUGUCAUCCGUUUGCACAGGAUGAUCCAGCCUUUCAUCCUGAGGCGUUCCAAAAGGGAUGUGGAGAAACAGCUGCCUAAGAAAUAUGAGCACAUUUUAAAGUGCCGUCUCUCUGGCCGCCAGAAGAGCCUUUAUGAGGAUAUCUUGACCCAACCAGGAGCUCAGGAGGCGUUGAAGACCGGUCAUUUCGUUAGUGUGCUUCAGGUUUUGAUGCAAUUGCAAAGAGUGUGCAACCACCCUGAGCUGGUGGUGUCCAGAGAAACCAGCAGCUCCUACUUCUGUCCCUCACUGCAGUACAGUGUACCAUCACUGGUUCUGGAAGCUCUUCAGGAGCACUCUAGAAAGAUUGAAAACAUGUCCAUAUUUGAUCUGAUCAACAACGAGAACAUACUGACGCGGUAUCAGACUGAGGAGGCAAUACCAAAACUAAAGAUCAAUCAGCAGCUCAUAGAGGAGAUCUACACUGGUCCAGACGCACCGCCACGUCCUAAACCAUGCCCUAUAAAACCCAUGAGAUUGUUUCAGCCAGUGCAGUAUGGGACAAAGCCAGAAGGUCGUCUUGUUGCCAUCACAAGUGCACCAGGUGGACGCACUACAGCAAGUUCUCCUGCUAUUAGUACCCCUGCUUCAAUCACCAGCCAGUCAGCCCAGACCAGGGGCAAGUCCCCAGUCACCACAACAACUGCUACACCCACAUCUCAUGCAGUUGGAACAACCACACAGAGAGCCCAGACUACCCCACCCAUCAACAGCAGCAGCAUCACUACCACCUCCAAUGUCGCCUCCUCUGGGAACAGUGGCACUGGGCAGCAUGUUUUGGGGGCUGCCCCUGUGGCUUUAGCUGGCACUGUUGUGGGAUCAAUAGCUCCUAUUGGCCAACCUGGAUUAGCGCAGGUUCCCAGGCCAGCUCUAGCCCCCAGCCAUGCCAUUCAGCCAAGUCUACUGUCCCAGAGGCUGGUUCUUACAUCCCAGGCCCAGGCACGGUUGCCUAGUGGAGAUGCUGUGAAGAUCGCGCAGCCAGCCAAUGCAGCGGGCAGUCAGAGUCGAUUAUCCCAGCCUGAGACGCCCGUCACUCUGCAGUUCCAGGGAAACAAGUUUACCCUGUCCCCCAGCCAGCUGCGCCAGCUCACCACCGGGCAGCCGUUGCAGCUCCAAGGUACUCUCGGCAACAUCCUGCAGAUUGUGUCAGCUCCAGGGCAACAGAUCAUCAGACCCCAAGGUUCCAUGGUCAUGCAAACAAUGCCACAAGCUGUUCCUGCUUCCAAUGCCUUGGCUGCACCAGGCACACUUCCUCCCACCUCUACAGCCCAACCAGCAUUAGGUGUGACUACAAAUGCUACAUCAGGCCCUACUAAACUCACUACUACCACUCCUGCUGGUUCUCAGGAGUUUUCGGAAGAAAAAACCCAGCAAAUGAAAGAGCGUUUGAGCCGCCUGUUUGAAGCAAAUGAGCGACGCUGUGGCCGCAGAGUGCUGUACGGCUCAGACCUACUGCAGGCCUGCACUUUAAGCUCAGAAACUGGCCAGUGUGCCCUUACUGCUGGAGGCUGGAGGUGGGUGGGACGAGAGAGUUGCCUUAGGGCACAGAGAACCUGUGUGAAUACCACCUCUACUCUGCAGUCCACUCUGGUCUCAGUGGAGAACUGUGUUCAGUCUGCUACCAGCCUUAUCAAGAGGUUAGUUUGCGUGGUUCCUCCAGCUGUAGCCCAACCAACUCAUCUGUAUGCAGCCAAUCCCCCAGUUCCUUAUCGUCUUGAGCAGAAGUCCCUUCAGCGUCGGCUGCUGGAGGCCAUUGGUCCCCAUAGUGCCGACAUUCACAAUUUGGCACACAGGCAUCUCUUCCAUUUCCCUGACCUGCAGCUAAUGCAAAUGGAUUCAGGUAAACUGGAAGCACUUGCGAUCCUCCUGCAGAAGCUCAGAUCAGAGAACCGCCGUGUUCUCAUCUUUACUCAGAUGGUGAAGAUGCUAGACAUCCUGGAGGCCUUCUUAGAUUACAGGCAGCUCACCUAUCUCCGUGUUGAUGAAAGCUUGUCUCCUGAUGAACGACAGGAGCGUAUGAAGAAGUUUAACAGGAACAGGCAGGUGUUCUGCAGCAUCCUGACCAACCGCUGUUGCUCUGCAGUUGGGGCCGUGUUUGAUGCAGACACCAUCAUCUUCUAUGACACAGACCUCAACCCCAGCAUGGAUGCUCGCACCCAGGAGUGGUGUGACAAAAUAGGACGAUCUAAGGAUAUACACAUAUACAGACUGGAGAGUGGAAACUCAAUUGAAGAGAAGCUGCUAAAAAAUGGCACCAAAGAUCUGAUCAGAGAGGUGGCUGCCCAGGGGACUGACUACACUUUGGCUUUCCUUACACAAAGAACAAUCCAAGAUCUGUUUGAAGUAGAGGCAGGCUCAGGUGAAAAGGUGGAGGAGUUUGUCGUGCUUCACCAGGAACCAUCGGCAUCUGAAACAAUAUCUCCCAGGGUAGCUCGACCCUAUAUCCAGGCACUAAACAGCAUAAACCCGGAUGGUCUACCUGAGGAGGAGGAGGAGGAGGAAGAGCAGCAGCACCAGGAGGAGCUAGCAGACAAGGGGGCAACCGAGGACAACCAAGAGUCAGAGAACCAAGAUGCAGAGGAACCUGCUCAAAUAGAGGAGCUGAACGCAGUAAUGGAACAGCUCACACCUAUUGAGAGGUAUGCCCUGCAUUACCUAGAGUUCCUCCACAUCAGUGACGAUGAAAGUGCUCUGAAGAACCAGCUGGAGUGUUCUAAGCGGGGCUGGGAGUUGCAACACCUCCAGAAGCUGAAGGAGGAGGAUCAGGAGCAACAAAUGAUAGAGGGCGAUGAAGAUCUUUUCACCUAUACCAGAGAGGAUGCCUACAACAUGGAAUAUAUAUAUGAUGCAGAGGAUGGUCACACAGAAAUCAUGCCACUUUGGACUCCUCCAACACCCCCACAGGAUGAUAAUGACAUUUACAUCGACUCUGUAAUGAUGCUAAUGUACGACACCACACCCAUGCCAGAGUCCAAAUUGCCUCCGGUUUAUGUCCGCAAGGAGCACAAAAGACUCAAGAUGGACCCCUCAGCAGCCAGAAAGAAGAAGAAGGGUCAUGGGGAGACAGUCAUUCCCCCACGCUCACUUUUUGAUAAGGCCAACAUGUUCAAGGUUCGCCGGGAAGGCAAAGACCAGAAAAAGAGCUUCUCCCUGAAGCAGCAAGCACCUUUUGCCAAGCCCCUACCUUCACUGGUUAAACCUGCAAUGGAGGCUGGCCAAGACAACCCGGAGUGGCUCAUCACUGAGGACUGGGCUCUCCUUCAGGCUGUGAAGCAGCUGUUGGAGUUGCCUCUUAACCUAACAAUUGUGUCUCCUGCCCACACUCCUAACUGGGAUCUGGUAAGCGAUGUGGUGAAUUCCUGCAGUCGCAUUUACCGCUCACCCAAACAGUGUCGCAGCCGUUAUGAAAAUGUCAUCAUUCCCAGAGAGGAGGGCAAGUUGGUUUAUGAGGCAAAUCCCAAGAAGAAAACUAAGAGCAUAUACAAGUCUAAAAACAGUCGUCCUCUAAGAACCUGUCAGAUCUACACACAGGAUGACAACGCCACUCACAUCCAGCUAUAUAACAGCCGUUUUGAACUCAUGAAGAUUAUUGCCAGCAAGAGGAGCCCACCAAUAAAGCCACUGCUCGGCAUGAAUCCAUUCCAGAAGAAUCCCAAACAUGCUUCUGUCCUCGCAGAAAGUGGGAUCAGCUACGACAAGCCCCUACUUCCUAUUCAGGUGGCGUCCCAACGUGCUGAAAGGAUUGCCAAGGAGAAGAAGGCGCUUGCAGAGCAGCAAAAGGCCCAGUUGGCCCAGCAGCAGGCCGGAGCUCCCCAGACACAAGCUGCACCCAGCCAGACCCAAGCUCCUCCUGCUGCCGGCCAGGUUCAGGCUCAGGCUCAGGCCCCUCAGACUGUAACAGUGACCGGCGCUGCCACUGUGCCUAAUGCUGCUGUUCUGUCAGGAGCCAUAAAAAAUGCCACUGUGGGAACAACCAUCCAGGCUGCCGCUGUAGGGGGAAAUGUGAUUGUAAACACAGCAGCUGGAGUUACUCCAAGUCCCUUUCAGGCCAACAAGCGCCUGCCAUCUCAAGUCACUUUGUCCCCUGCGCCUGGAGCCCAGGUCGUCCACACACAACAAAGGGCGGCCGCUGCUCCAGCUGAGGUGGUCACCAUGCCUACAGGUCCCGGUGUGCGAGCAGGUACCCCAGCGUCUACAGUAGUUUCAACAACUCUGAGCCCAGUGCAGUCACAGACUCGCCCACUGGUUCCUCAGGUUCCACCAGCCACAAGUAUUUUGUCACCAAAAAUCACCCCAGCCCACCUGCAGCUCCUGCGACAGCAUCAGCAGUUGCAGCAGCAGCAGCAGCAGCAGCAGCAACAACAACAACAACAACAACAGCAGCAGCAGCAGCAGCAGGCUGCUUCUCCACAGAUCAAAGCAAUGGGCAAACCACAGGAGUUGUUGAAGACGCACAAGCAAAAGGUGCCAAUGCAGCAACAGCAGCAGCAACAGGUAGCUGCAGCAGUGGCAGUAGCCGCCCAGGGCCAGCAGGCUCCAGGGGCCCAGCAGGCUGCCCAGGUGCAGCCUGCCCAGGCUACCCAAGCCAAUCCCCAGCUAGCAGCUGUGACGGCAUCCAGACCUGGAGCUGUCCUGACCGGCACCACUGUGGCCAAUUUGCAAGUGGCCAGACUGACUCGCAUGCCCACUCAGGGACAGAUUCAGACCCAGGCAGGACAGACAGCCCAGGUGACCCUCACCAAACCUCCUGUGGGCGUCUCGUCACCUGGUGUUACAACAUUGCCUGUCAAUGUAGCAAGCAUCAGUGUGGCUAUUACCCAGCCCCAGAAACCAGGAGGGCCUGUGUUGCAGCCGCCCUUUCCCCAGAUGCAGCUACUUCACGUCAGGAAGCAGCAGCAGCACACGGCAGCAGUUCCAGCAGCAGCUGCAGCCCAGAAAGCAGGGCAGCCUCAGCAGGGACAGGCCACUGUACAGCAGAAGAUUGGCACUCAGCAGGUCACAAUGCAGGCAGGACAGGCAGCCCAGCAGCCACAGCAGAAGGUGACCUAUACUGCCACCGCACAGCUCCAACCAGGGCUUAAGACCCAGUUCUUUGCACCCAUUAGCCAGGCCACCAAAACCACGGGCGCUCAACAAAUCCAGGUGGCUAAGAUCCCACAAAUAGUGCAGCAGCAACCCGCUGUGGCUAAUAUCCAGCAAAUCGUGUCUUCUGCUCAGCAGAGCCAGUCCCUGCCUCAGACGGUGACUCUGACUCAGGCGACAUCGGCACCUCAGGUGCAGAUGAUUCCCGCUGGUGCAACCACAGCCCAGGUAGUGCAGCAGAAGAUCAUCCAGCAGCAGGUGGUGACUGCAGCUGCCACACCCCAGAUCCAGGCUCCUCCCCCCCACAGCCCUGCCCAGCAGCCUGCAGCACCGUCUGCCGAAUCCCCAGGGCAGCAGGCCGUGCAGCCCCAGCAGCCUGCCAAGGGUCAGGCUCGCCAGGGGGGCAUUAGAGCCAAGACUCCUGCCAAGCCCACUGGAGGGAGUAGCUAGAGUACAGACGCUAAUCACAUGAACACAGAGGCUGAGAGGAAAGACAUGCCCCACACCAAACCUUGACCUCACCAGUUAUCUCCACCAUAAUGAGAGUUUAACUGUGUCCAACGCCACCAUUUUUGUACUCGUAUCUAAGCCGGUUUGGUCUGUCAAUGGCACCUCUGCCUAUUAAUUGAGGUAAUAUUUAUAAUUUCACAUUACUGAAUCAGCAACAAUGUCUAACUUUUGUAUUUGACUUGUGAAAUUAAAUUUACCACCACUUUAAAAUGUUCCCACAGUUAUUAACCACAACAUUCAUGCCUUCAAAGUGAUUAUUCAAAUAUUAUUAAAGGCAUAUGUGAACUGAGGCUUGUGGGUAAAUCUGCAUUGGUUAACGAGCUGUCCAUUAAAAUAAGUGUGUUCAUAAAUAGUCCCUUUUAUGUCUAAUUCCCUUGUUGUCUAUAGAUACUGAAUGGAGAAUAAUGCACGUUCCUUUAGUCAUUUUGUUUUUUAUUGCAACACACACUGUAAACAUGUAGGAUUUUGUGUUUUCUCAUAAAUUGUCUUUUUUAUUGAUGUCAAUGGAAAGAAAUGUAAAUAACAACAAAAAAACAUUUGUACUUUGUAAAGUAGUUGUGUUUUCAUCUGGGUUUUUCAGCCUAAUUGUAAUAAAGUGUUGUGUUUUUAUACACAAUUUCA